AUGGAAAAUCCAGUGGAAAAAAUAAAAAGUGACCCCGAAGAGGAGUGUCUACAGGCUAUUUUGCCAGAAGAUCAUCCACUUCUCGAGCGUUUCCAACAAAAUCUCAAGAAUCAUCUGCUGAGAAUCCAGGAUCAGCUUCUCAAUGAGAUUUCUGUCCUGGACAACUCUCUUAAAGUAAAGAGUGAUGAACGGCAGGAAAUUGGGGCUGCUCUCUAUGAUCUUCAGCAGCAAAUUGGUCAGCAGAGGCAUGCCCUGGAAGAUUAUGAAGUGAAAAUUCAGGAUGUGAGUGAGAAGAGGCAAAAAAUCAGCGCCAAUUGCAUUGAGUUGAGGAAGGAGUGUCAGGAGAAGGAGACGGAAUUGCGUGAAGCUAAGAGGAUUCAUGCCCAAAGAUUGUUGGAAUUGGACAAUCUCACGGUGCUGGAGAAUAAUAUGUCCAAGUGGGCUAAAGAGGCAAGGGAUGAAGUCACUGUGGCCAAGAGAGUGGUCAGCAAGGAUUCACGAGAUCGUCAGGUUAAAAUGGAAGAGAGCCAGAAGAUGGAAUUAUUCCUAUACCAUCUGGACACUGAUGUUCGGUCUCGUGAAAAUGAGCUCAACAGCAUAAAUGAGCAGAUUAGGGAGCAAGAAAGUACCAUAGAGAUGCUGAACAAAAGCCUCGUGGAUUCCAAUGCUGAUCUUGAGAUUCUGCAGCAAGAGCACAAGAGAAUGACUCAGAUUUGGGGAGAAGUGAUUGUGGCCAUUCAGCAGAGAGACAAAGUUCUGGCCAUGGUCCAGGGCGAUUUGAACCUCGAGUACCAGAGGCAGAAAGAGGUCCGAGGAUUUAUAGAGGCCACCAAUAAAGCCAUCCAGAAACAAAUAAUCCAUAAUCACAAGCUCAAUGUCUUUCGCAAUCGUCUUCAGGGAGAUAUUAAGGCUUUGGAAAGGCAACUAACGCGGGAGGACAAGGACUAUGAGAGAUUGUACGAAAAAAUUGUGAAGAAAUCCUCUAUCCUGGAUCAAACGGAGACAGAUCUGAAGCAGGCAAAAGUCGAAGGAAUCCUUCUGGAGAGUCAAUUGAAGGCAGUGAGUAGCCGGAUUGAGAAACAAGCCAGUCGGAAGGUGGAAUUGGAGGAGAAGAUCUUGGAAUUACUGCAAAAUCAAAUUACAACGGACAAAGUUGGGCAAUAUCGUGCGAGGGAUUUGCGUGAAAUCCAGGAGAAUCGCCGAAACGCCGAGAUUAUGCUCUCAAAUACUGAGAAUCAGCUUUCAAUUCUGCUCCUGGAGCUGGAGAAAUAUCGAGGAAUUGUGGGUAAUCAUCAGAAGUUGAUUGAGAAGCUCCAGGCUAAGGAGACUCAGAAGAAGAUCGAAGCUAAUCAGCAGGAGGAGGAAAUGAAACAUGUCUUGAGUACCAUUGAGUCUCGUCAGCGUCGUCUGGAUUUGCUAGUGAAGCAACUCAAUGAGAAGAUCCUGGCUGCUGGUGGUCGGGAGGGGAAUCCCGAUGAGCUCAAGCUUUUGAGUCUUCAGGGACAAAUUGAAAAACUUGAUGCUGAAAUAAAGAAUGUGCAGAAUUUCUGGCUGAAGCUCCAAGGACACGUGGUCAAUCUUACGGAAAAACGUUCUCAGCAGACCAAUGAGAUUUUCCUGGCUCGAAAACAAUUCCUGAUCAUUGAUCAAAAAUGCAGGAAGGUUGAGCGGGAAUUGGAACGGUUGGCAGAUGAAGAUAGGAUGACUGAUCGGGAGAUUGUUAAGCUUCAUUCGCGUCUUGAUAUCCUCAGUGGACGCUUGUUUGAGGAACAAAAGGAUCACGAUCACCAGGAAGAGGAGUGCUUCAUGAAUCACCAGACCCUUACGGCAAAACUCAAGGAAUCCGAGAUGUCUAUUCUAGAUCUUGAACGAAGUAUCAGAGACUUGAAUGCAGAGAUUGAGGAGACGAAGGACCUCGUGAUUGAGAAGCAUAGAGAGGCCCUAGCUUGGGAGACAAAAUAUCGCCUGGCCGUUGAGACGAAGAAGAGCAGUGACGUGGAGGCAUCAGCAGAAGGUGAAACCAGCCACAUGAAGGCAGAAAUCCAUCGGAUGGAAGUGCGUUAUGCUCAGCUGAAGAAGGCCCAGGAGAAACUCAUGCAAGACAUGGACAACUGCAUCAAUCAUCGUGAGAACAUCUUCACUCAAGCAUCAGUCAAGGAGAAACUCCACGGAGGCAGGACCAAAGUAAAAUCCAACGUGCAGCAGAAAGUAUCCGAGAUGCAGUUCAAGCUGAAGCAGAUAAACAGUGAGAUCACGUCCACAGAACGCAGUUUGAUUGGGAACCAGCAGCAACAAGAACACCUUGAACAGGAAAUUGGUAAGAAGUGUCAGGAGCUUGAAGCGCAGCAGCAUCAAAAUUCCCUUCUCGAGUCAGAGAUCCGGGAAGGAACGUUACUGAAGCAGGAGAAUUUGGAAACAAUAGUCCGGAAGCAGCAUCGAGCAAAGCGUUUCAAGGCUCUGGCCACAGGAAGAGUAGCCCCAAAAUGUCGAUCCGAAGCUGCAAUAGAACAGAGCAUGAAGACCCAGCGGGAAGUUCAGGAGCAUCUGACAAAUUUGAUGGAAAAUCUCCUUUCCGAUUUCCCACAUCAGAAGUUUCCACUCAUGAAAAUCAUUCAAACAUUGAAGAAUAAUUAAAG